CUUACGUGUCAAACAUGUGAAUGUCAAAUGUUCAUGUAAUUGCCAUUCGGUUUGUAUUGUUUAAAAUAUCUACGUUACAUUCCUUAAGUCUUGAACGUUCAUCGACUACAUUCUCCAAUAUGUCUUCAAAUAACAGCAUUGUGCUGCCAGAUGAUGAAAAAGGCUACCCGCUGGAAAUGUUCUGUGUGCCCAAACACUACGAACAGGAUCUGGAAAACAUUCUUAUCCCCUCCGGACUCAUUAAUGACAGGAUUGAAAGGGUUGCUCGUGACAUUGUAAAGGACAACAAUGACGAGGGUCUGGUUGCCCUUUGUGUGUUAAAGGGAGGAUACAAGUUCUUCACCGAUCUCCUUGACAAGAUUAAAAUGCUGAAUCGUAAUCUUGAACACUCGGUUCCUUUAGCUGUCGAUUUUAUUCGCCUUAAAAGCUAUGUGGAUGACCAACAAUCGAGUGAGGUGGAAGUUAUAGGAGGGGAUAACCUGGAAAAUCUCACAGGCAGGAACGUACUUGUUGUGGAAGACAUUGUUGACACUGGGAACACGAUCACCAAACUGCUUUCUAUCCUCAAAAAAGUCAACCCUAAGUCUAUCAAAGUUGCCAGUCUGCUUGUAAAAAGGACUUCCAGAAGUAUUGGAUAUAGGCCUGACUAUGCUGGGUUUGAAAUUCCUGAUGCAUUUGUUGUUGGCUAUGCACUUGAUUAUAAUGAGUACUUCAGGGACCUGAAUCAUAUCUGUGUCAUCAACCAGCAUGGAAAGGACAAGUAUGCAUCGAUUUAACCAACGCCUCGGCAUUUAGUCCUUUUUGUGAGACAUCAAUAUGUGUAUUUUCUGGCAUUAUAUUGUCUUUCUUGUCAUCUCUUGCACUACGGGCCACAUUCAUGAACCAUUUUAGGCUAUGCUUGAGACUCGAGACUCAAAACUUCAAUUCUUAGUUUCUUCAAAAAUUGAAGAGCAAUAAUAAUAAAAAUUGCUGCAUAUGUCUAAAAUAACAUAUUUAACAACAAUGAACAUAUCUUUUGUAAAAAAAAUAAUAUAUAUAUUAAAGAUACUUUGAUACAUUUAAAAAAUCACUUUUCUGAGUUUCGAGCUCAAGUUUGUGAAUAUGAGUCCAGAAGAAAAAUUAUAUUAAGUAUUGUGUCCUGCUAACCAAGAACUUGAUUAUUUUAAUUCUGUUAUAUGGAUUUUAUUAUUAAUAUUUUGUAUUUUUUGCAUAAAAGUGUGAUGUUAGGUCAUGUAGUAAUGUUAUCUUUACAUCUGUGUUAUAAACCAGAAUAAGUGAGAGUAUUUUUGAGCUUGUCUGCUUUUUGCAAGUUGUGGUAUUGUGAUAGCCUUGCAGGUCGUUCAAGCACAACCUGCUCAUUACUCAAAAACCAUUUGAGAUAUUCAAAUGAAACUUGGUAUACAUAUUACCAGUGACAAUAAUGUUGAAUAAGCCCCUCCGCCCUCCUCUCAAAAACAACAAAAUAAAAAAACAACAAUGCAGCAAAAACUUGGCCAUUAUUCAAAAGCCAUUUAAGAUAUACAUAUGAAACUUGGUACACAUUGGCCAGAGGCAAUAUGCACAUUUAUAGCAAGGCGCAUAACUCCUACUUUAAUAAUUGUCCAGUUAUGCCCCUUUUUUGACAAAAUAACAGAUAAGCAUUUGAUGUUUGCUCCACUGCGUUCUUGUUACUUGUUAACCUUAACUUCAUAGCCAAAACAAUUUUCACAAUUUAUUUCAUCAGAUAUUUUUUGUAUGAUACUCAAAUUCGUUGUUUUAUAUAAUUAUACUCAUUCAGUGAAACUACAAUGAUUAAAUUUUGGUCUCAAAGAUGGGAGAAAAGUAUAAAAUUUAACUAUGAUGCAUAUGUUUUACAGUUUGGAUAAUGUAUUUAUAAAUGUUAUUCACAUACACUUCAACUACUAUCUGAUUUGAUAAAAAGAUAUGAACUUCGUCCAGCAAAAUUGGGUAAGUUGACAUGCAAACUAAUGUUAAUAUAUUGUUAGUGGUGUGUAAGCUUAUUUAUACUCACACUUGACAUAUUGUUGUCUGCAGGUGCAUUUCUAUACUCCAUUUAUCACCAAUAUUUAACCGAAUGAUUUUGUUUUAUAUAGAAGCAUGGAACUUGGAAUUUGUACCCUUCGUGGAUAAUAAUUUGAAAACUACUAAAUCAAGUGAAUUUUGUUGGAUUUAAUAAACAGCACCAUUAUUGAUUUUGAUUAUUUUAUAGACAUACUGGUUGGUUGUGAAAAGGAAGAAAUAAAAUGAAUUAAAUAACCAAAAGGGCUGUUAUUUUCUUAUCUAAUGAUUUGUCAUUAGUGUUUGACUUUCAUUUUAUAUGGAAAUGUUAAAAACUAAAGUUAGAGUUUGCCCACAAGAGCAAACUUUGCUGGAUAAGCUUCAAACAUACAUGGAUAGAGCUUUCUUCACAGUAUUACUGCUUUAAAAUUGAUUGUAAUUUUUAUUAGUCUUUUUUCUGUGAAACGAGAAGAAAACUGCUAUCUGUAGUUUUAGUUAUAACCAUGGCAUUGUAUGUGUUCUAUAAUCUACAUGUAUGUGUAUAGUUAUGAAUAUAAAAAAAUGUUCAGUGGCAUUAAAAUUACAAAAUUAAGACUAGAAUUUAUGAAAGAGGGUUUGUAAUUUGCUACAUUCAUAAUGCCUCUAAGCUACAAUGUCUGAUUCUCCAUUGAACAUUAUUAAUUCAAAAUAUUGGAAUGGAAUGACGGAUGAUGGAUUACUUAACUACUAAUUUGAAGCAUUAUAAAUUGUAGACCAUUUUUAGAUUAUCCACUCGGCUUACAUGCAAUCAGUGUUAUGUAACCACAUUAACCAAAUACUCUCAUUUUAGUUCCCUCCCAUGCAAAUGACUUAGGUUUCUUUCUGUUUUUAACAUUCAGGUUAAAAUGAAUUUGUGUUAUCCUUUUAAUCAUUUAAGAUUUUACUUAUAUUUACUUACGUAAAGAGUAACUACAUGAAUUUCAUUAAAGUUCAGAACAUAUUAUGAAGUUCAGAACAUAUUAUGUAAAAUCUUCAUGAUUAAAAGGGCUGAACACGCAAAGCAUGCAAGACCUUCUUAAGUCAUUAAGAUUUUACAUAAUGUGUUCAAACUGGGCAUGAUUUGUUGUUUUCACCAGGUCCAGUCACCAGCUUGUGACACGGUGUCUGCUAAGUUGUUUAACUGCCAUUUUUAAUGAUCAUUUAGUCUGGUACUUUUUUGACGUCGAUAGACGGUCAGACUGGGUUUUAUCUGAAGAGGUUGAUUUAGAAUAAUUAUGCACUAGGUAAAAUUGGUGGAGUUUCGAUAGUAAAUUUUGAACAAAUCAAAAGUUUUCAUGUGCUAAAGUACGUUGAAAUUCAGGUUUUGUGUGAUCAUUUAAUCCAUGCUAAUCACAUCUGUAGAAAUCCUAGAACAAUUAAAGCGUGUUGCAUUGUUCUACAAUUUUCCGUCAAAUUGAAAUUUUGGCCAAGGAUUGCAUCAUUAAAAUAGAAGCAAAUCUAAAAUGUUUCACACGUGUAGAAGCAGAAAGUUUUGUACUCUUUUAUAGGGUAAGAAAUAUUUUCAUAUCUUAUCUGUCGAAAAAGUUAUUUAGAAAUUAACGUCACUUACUAGUUUGUUUACAUCGGUUGUGACCCGUGCUGACCCAUGUAAGAACCCCUUUAAGUCACGUGAUUCCUCACCCUGAUAGUGGAGUUUGUCAUUCAUAGAUUUUGCUGUAUACAUGUAUGCAAUUGUUAAGGUUUUAUUUUGUUUUGAAUUAUAGAUUUUUUAUGAAACUUUCAAGAAGAUAUACCUCAGUCAUUUUUCAUGUGUUGCUGUGGAAAAACUUUUUAUGACAUGUAAAUUCCAGAUUUGUUGACAUCUUUUUGGAUGAGAUAUUAUGGUUAAUUUACUCCUUAGAAAAUGUAGAUCAUUCUAAGUUUUUGAGAGUAUUUUUACUGUUGGAAAACUAAGUCUUAUAGUAGAUAGAAAAACAAGCCAUAGUUAAUUAAAGGACUUAAUAAUGGGAAUACUAGUAUCACAAGUAUAUAUUUCAAAGUUACUUUGAUAAUAUAUCAUAUCAGAACAUUCUCAAAAUGAACUGAAUUUUUUGUUCUAAAAACAAAUGUUACAACAAACAAUGAUUCCUCCCAAGUAUGAAAAUAUGUCGAACUGUCUUUUUUUUAUUCAACAGUGUUCUAUUGAUAAAUUGUUUAUAUCUUUGUUCAAUUUUUGUGAAUGUGUUUUUAUGGUAACUAGAAAAUAAACCAUAUACUCUCA